UAUACUAUACAAUAUACUAUACAAUAUACUAUAAAAUAUACUAUACAAUAUACUAUAAAAUAUACUAUAAAAUAUACUAUAAAAUAUACUAUACAAUAUACUAUAAAAUAUACUAUACAAUAUACUAUACCACAUACUAUACAAUAUACUAUACCACAUACUGUACCACAUACUAUAAAAUAUACUAUACAAUAUACUAUACAAUAUACUAUACCACAUACUGUACCACAUACUAUAAAAUAUACUAUACAAUAUACUAUAAAAUAUACUAUAAAAUAUACUAUACAAUAUACUAUAAAAUAUACUAUACAAUAUACUAUACCACAUACUAUACCACAUACUAUAAAAUAUACUAUACCAUAUACUGUACCACAUACUAUAAAAUAUACUAUACAAUAUACUAUAAAAUAUACUAUACCACAUACUAUAAAAUAUACUAUACAAUAUACUAUACCACAUACUAUACCACGUACUAUAGAAUAUACUAUACAAUAUACUGUACCACAUACUAUAAAAUAUACUAUACAAUAUACUAUACCACAUACUAUAAAAUAUACUAUACAAUAUACUAUACAAUAUACUAUACCACAUACUGUACCACAUACUAUAAAAUAUACUAUACAAUAUACUAUACAAUAUACUGUACCACAUACUAUAAAAUAUACUAUACAAUAUACUAUACAAUAUACUGUACCACAUACUAUAAAAUAUACUAUACAAUAUACUAUACCACAUACUAUAAAAUAUACUAUACAAUAUACUAUACCACAUACUAUACCACAAUAUACUAUACCACAUACUGUACCACGUACUAUACAAUAUACUGUACAAUAUACUAUACCACAUACUAUAAAAUAUACUAUACAAUAUACUAUACCACAUACUAUACCACGUACUAUACAAUAUACUAUACAAUAUACUAUACCACAUACUAUACCACGUACUAUACAAUAUACUAUACCACAUACUAUACCACGUACUAUACAAUAUACUAUACCACAUACUGUACAACGUACUAUACAAUAUACUAUACAAUAUACUAUACCACGUACUAUACCACGUACUAUACAAUAUACUAUACCACAUACUAUACCACGUACUAUACAAUAUACUAUACCACAUACUGUACCACGUACUAUACAAUAUACUAUACCACGUACUAUACAAUAUACUAUACAAUAUACUAUACAAUAUACUAUACCACGUACUAUACAAUAUACUAUACCACGUACUAUACAAUAUACUAUACAAUAUACUAUACCACAUACUAUACAAUAUACUAUACAAUAUACUAUACAAUAUACUAUACCACAUACUAUACAAUAUACUAUACAAUAUACUAUACAAUAUACUAUACCAUAUACUAUACAAUAUACUAUACCACCAUAUACUAUACAAUAUACUAUACCACGUACUAUACCACAUACUAUACCACGUACUAUACAAUAUACUAUACCACGUACUAUACAAUAUACUAUACCAUAUAAUAUACCAUAUACUAUACCACAUACUAUACCACGUACUAUACCACAUACUAUACCACAUACUAUACAAUAUACUGUACAAUAUACUAUACCACAUACUAUACAAUAUACUAUACAAUAUACUAUACCACAUACUGUACCACAUACUAUACAAUAUACUAUACCACAUACUAUACCACGUACUAUACCACAUACUAUACAAUAUACUAUACAAUAUACUAUACCACGUACUAUACAAUAUACUAUACCACAUACUAUACAAUAUACUAUACAACAUACUGUACCACAUACUAUACAAUAUACUAUACCACAUACUAUACAAUAUACUAUACCACGUACUAUACAAUAUACUAUACAAUAUACUAUACCACAUACUAUACCACAUACUAUACCACGUACUAUACAAUAUACUAUACCACAUACUAUACCACGUACUAUACAAUAUACUAUACAAUAUACUAUACAAUAUACUAUACCACAUACUAUACAAUAUACUAUACAUGUACCACGUACUAUACAAUAUACUAUACCACAUACUGUACCACAUACUAUACAAUAUACUAUACCACAUACUGUACCACGUACUAUACAAUAUACUAUACCACAUACUGUACCACGUACUAUACAAUAUACUAUACAAUAUACCAUACCACAUACUGUACAAUAUACUAUACAACAUACUAUACCAUAUACUAUACCACGCUCUGGACGAAUAAUCGAUGGGUUACCAUGUGUCGUCAUGCUGUUGCAGAAGAACUGCUCCCAGGCCAAACUGUGA